AAUGCUAAACGUCGAGGCGUACAGCAGCGGAAAACAUUUUUAUUGGAUUUUCAAAGUGAAUUUUUUUAAACAGAAAAACUCAAUUUAAUUGAUACAUUUUAGUGAAUAUUUUAACGUUAAGUGGGAAAAAGGCAAAAUUUAUGCACAAAUCAAUUUGAACAUCGUGUGCAAUUUGCCUUUUUAUUUGAACAAUUUUGUUUUUUUCACAUUGCCAUCAAGGCGUAUAAGGUGAAAAAAAGAAGAUGGGCGAUUCGCUUGACGACACGUCGGAAACGCAAAAUGUUGCGAUUGUCGAUUACGGUGAAUUUGCCAAUUAUAUUUUGAAGGCAGCUACUAUUCUUUUACCAGAAGAAGAUGCAACAGCACCAGCAUUAAAUGCUGUACUCGAUGAUAAAAUCAAUCAAGAUUGCAUCAAAAAAUUUCUAUCCGAUUCACAAAUACAAGCGCUAUACAUUCAACGUACAUGCUCAAAAGAUGAUGAAAAUGAGCAAGCAUCAGAAGGUGAAGAGGAAAAAAGUUCGAUUACCUAUUCAAUCAGCAAUGAUGUGCAGUUCACAAACUCACGUGCCGCAUCGUUGGUGUGUAUCAAACGUGGUGCUGUAAUUGAAGCCGAUAAAUCGAUUCAUAGCCAAAUGCGUCUAAUCAACUUUUCGGAAGGAUCACCAUACGAAACAUUGCAUUCCUUCAUUAGUAAAUCGUUGGCACCGUAUUUCAAGAGCUAUGUAAAAGAGUCGGGUCGUGGUGAUGACGGUGAUAAAAUGGCACCAUCGGUUGAGAAAAAGAUGGCCGAAUUAGAAAUGGGUUUGUUGCAUUUGCAGCAAAACAUUGACAUUCCUGAAAUCACUUUAACAAUUAAUACGGUUGUAUUGCAAACGAUAAAAGCGUGUGCUGACGAAGGUCGUAAGGCAAAGGUAAUUGAUUUCGGUGACAAAGUGGAAGAUUCAACAUUUUUGAAUACAUUACAAAAUGGUGUCAAUCGUUGGAUAAAAGAAAUACAAAAAGUCACCAAAUUGGAUCGUGAUCCAUCGUCGGGAACGGCAAUGCAAGAGAUUUCAUUCUGGUUGAAUUUGGAGCGUGCAUUGCAUCGCAUUCAAGAGAAACGUGAAUCACCCGAAGUCGCAUUGACUCUUGACAUUUUGAAGCAUGGUAAACGGUUCCAUGCAACCGUAUCAUUUGAUACCGAUACCGGUCUGAAACAAGCUCUAGCUAUGGUUGCCGAUUACAAUCCAUUGAUGAAAGAUUUCCCAAUCAAUGAUUUACUGUCGGCUACUGAAUUGGAAAAAAUUCGGUCAGCAGUCCAAUCGACUUUUACGCAUUUACGAAAAAUGCGCAGCACCAAAUAUCCCAUUCAACGUGCAUUGCGAUUGAUCGAAGCUAUAUCACGUGAUUUAAGUCAACAGCUAUUGAAGGUGCUUGGAACUCGUCGUUUGAUGCAUAUUCCAUUCGAUGAAUUUGAACGUGUGAUGAAUCAAUGCUUCGAAAUAUUCGGUUGCUGGGAUGAUGAAUAUGAUAAACUUCAACAAUUGUUACGCGAUUUGGUGAAGAAGAAGCGCGAUGAACAUAUCAAGUCGGUUUGGCGAGUGCUACCCAAUCACAAGAAAUUGCAACAACGCAUGGAAGAAAUGCGCAAAUUCCGUAGACAACACGAACAAUUGCGUACAGUCAUUUUGCGCGUACUUCGGCCAAUGAGCAAACCAGCUAUUGAUCAUGAGCCUGGAGCAGAUGUCAAACAACCAUAUAGCUUGGAAACAGCCGAUGCCAAUGCCAUUGAAGAGGUAAAUCUGGCCUAUGAAAAUGUCAAAGAGGUCGAAUGUUUGGACAUUUCAAAAGAAGGAUGCGAUGCAUGGGAUGCGGCUGUUAAGCGUUACGAUGAAAGGAUAGACCGUGUCGAAGCCCGUAUCACAGCUCAUUUGCGUGAUCAACUUGGAACGGCCAAAAAUGCCAACGAAAUGUUCCGUAUAUUCUCGCGUUUCAAUGCCCUAUUUGUGCGUCCGCACAUUCGUGGUGCCAUCCGUGAAUAUCAAACCCAAUUGAUUCAACGUGUCAAAGACGACAUUGAAGCACUGCAUGAGAAAUUCAAAGUGCAAUAUCCUCAAAGCAAGAGUUGUCGAUUGUCUGUGGUGCGUGAUUUACCACCAGUAGCCGGUUCAAUUAUUUGGAUUCGUCAGAUUGAUAAUCAGCUCACAACGUAUUUGAAACGGGUUGAAGAUGUUUUGGGCAAAGGAUGGGAAUCUCAUAUCGAAGGACAGAAAUUGAAAGCGGAUGGCGAUAGUUUUCGGGCAAAAUUACAAACGGGCGAAGUAUUUCAAGAUUGGGCACGUAAAGUGCAAGAACGUAAUUUUGGCUAUAAUGGUGGUCGUAUCUUUGCCAUUGAUUCGGCACGAUCACGGACUGGCCGCGGAAAUAUUCUAAAGUUGAAAGUAAAUUUCCUACCCGAAAUCAUCACGCUGUACAAGGAAGUACGAAAUUUGAGAAACUUAGGAUUCAGAAUCCCAUUGGCAAUCGUGAACAAAGCACAUCAAGCAAAUCAAACCUACCCGUUCGCCGUCAGUUUGAUCGAAUCAGUUCGAGCAUAUGAGAGAACAUUGGAAAAGAUUGAAGAGAAAGCGUCGAUAGUGCCUUUGGUGGCUGGACUUCGAAAAGAUGUUCAAGCAUUGAUUGCUGAAGGUGUUGGUUUGGUGUGGGAAAGCUACAAGCUCGUACAAUACGUUCAACGUUUUUCGGAAUGUGUGAUUCAAUUCCAAGAGAAGGUUGAAGAUUUGUUGGUUGUCGAGGAACAACUGGACGUUGAUGUUCGUUCACUAGAAACAUGUCCAUAUAGUGCAGCCACAUUUGCCGAUAUUUUAUCGAAGAUUCAACAUGCCGUCGAUGAUUUGUCAUUGCGACAAUAUUCCAAUUUACAUGUAUGGGUCGCUCGUCUCGAUGAAGAGGUCGAAAAGAAAUUGGCAUCCCGAUUGCAGGCUGGUAUUGUUGCUUGGACUGAAGCUUUGACCGGCAAUAAGAAAGAUAUGGAUUUGUCUAUGGAUACGGAUGCACCGUCGGCACCAACUCACAAGCCAGGCGGUGAUCCGAAGAUUCAACAUGCCGUUCAUGAAAUCCGUAUCACAAAUCAACAAAUGUAUUUGUAUCCAUCGAUUGAAGAGGCACGGUUCCAGAUUACACAACAAUUGUUCGCAUGGGAAGCUAUUGUUACGUCACAAACUCGGCUGCAGAGCUCAAGAUAUCACGUCGGUUUGGAUAAACCCACGCAUCAAACAUACCGAACAUUGCUUAUAAAGUUGCCGACUGGGUCACAACCACUCGAAAGUGCAUAUGAAGCCAUCGAAACAAAAGUUUCGGAAGUUCGCAACUAUGUUGAUGAAUGGCUUCGAUAUCAGAGCUUAUGGGAUCUUCAAGCUGACAUUCUGUACGGUCGUCUUGGUGACGACAUCAAUUUGUGGAUCAAAUGCUUGAACGAUAUCAAAAAAUCUCGUACAACAUUCGAUACGUCAGAUACUCGUCGUGCUUAUGGUCCAAUUGUCAUUGAUUAUGCUAAAGUGCAAGCAAAGGUCACAUUGAAGUAUGAUUCGUGGCACAAAGAGGCGCUCAGCAAAUUCGGUACACUUUUGGGCAAUGAAAUGCAAUCAUUCCAUGCCAAAGUCUCGAAAUCUCGCGGUGAUCUGGAAAUGCAAAGCAUUGAAGCCGCAAGUACAUCGGAUGCAGUGGGUUUCAUAACCUAUGUGCAAUCAUUGAAAAAAGAGCGUUUGGCCUGGGAGAAACAGGUGUCAGUGUUCCAAGAGGCCGAACAAAUAUUGCAACGUCAACGUUUCCAAUUUCCAAAUAAUUGGUUGCAUGUCGAUAAUAUCGAAGGUGAAUGGUCGGCAUUCAACGAGAUAAUCAAACGCAAAGAUUCGGCCAUACAAACACAAGUGGCCAGUUUGCAAGCGAAAAUUGUUGCUGAAGAUAAAGCGGUCGAAACACGUACGGUUGAUUUCUUGAAUGAUUGGGAACACAACAAGCCAAUCGGUGGCAAGACUCGACCCGACGAGGCACUACAGCAAUUACAAUUGUUUGAAAGUAAAUUCUCGCGUUUGAAGGAAGAACGAGACAAUGUUGCCAAAGCGAAAGAAGCGCUUGAACUACAAGAAUCGGCUGUACCGAACAAUAGUUCGGAACGAAUGUCAGUGGUUUUGGAAGAAUUACAAGACUUACGUGGUGUUUGGAGUGAAUUAUCCAAAAUUUGGACACAAAUCGAUGAAACUCGCGAAAAACCAUGGCUAUCAGUUCAACCACGUAAACUACGGCAAGCACUCGAGACAAUGAUGAGUCAACUCAAAGAAUUGCCGGCUCGUUUAAGAAUGUACGAAAGUUAUGAGUACGUGAAAAAAUUGAUUCAGAGCUACAUUAAAGUGAAUAUGCUGAUCGUCGAAUUAAAAUCGGAUGCGUUGAAAGAACGCCAUUGGAAACAAUUGACCAAGCAACUUCGUGUCAAUUGGGUGCUGUCCGAAUUGACAUUGGGCCAAGUGUGGGAUGUGAAUUUACUGAAGAAUGAAAGCAUUGUAAAAGACAUCAUUUUGGUGGCACAAGGUGAAAUGGCGCUUGAAGAAUUCUUGAAACAAGUGCGCGAGUCAUGGUCAAACUAUGAAUUGGAUUUGAUCAAUUAUCAGAAUAAAUGUCGCAUCAUCAGAGGUUGGGAUGAUUUAUUCAACAAAGUUAAAGAACACAUAAAUUCAGUGGCCGCUAUGAAAUUGUCACCAUACUAUAAAGUCUUCGAAGAAGAAGCACUCACUUGGGAAGAGAAAUUGAAUCGAAUCAAUGCAUUGUUUGAUGUAUGGAUUGAUGUACAACGGCGUUGGGUUUAUUUGGAAGGCAUUUUUUCGGGUAGUGCCGACAUUAAGACAUUGUUACCGGUCGAAACCCAGCGUUUCAAUAGCAUGAGCACCGAAUUUUUGUCGUUAAUGAAAAAAGUCGCCAAAUCACCAAAAGUUAUGGACGUUUUGAACAUCGUCAACGUACAACGUCAACUCGAAAGAUUGGCCGAUUUAUUGGGAAAAAUUCAGAAGGCAUUGGGUGAAUACUUGGAACGUGAGCGUACAUCAUUCCCUCGUUUCUAUUUCGUUGGUGACGAAGAUCUUUUGGAAAUUAUUGGCAACAGCAAAAAUGUGGCCCGAUUGCAAAAACAUUUCAAAAAAAUGUUUGCCGGCGUUGCAACAAUCAUUUUAAAUGAAGACAAUACAAUUGUACUGGGCAUUGCAUCGCGUGAAGGUGAAGAAGUGCAAUUUAUUCGACCCGUUUCAAUUGUCGAUCAUCCAAAGAUCAACGAAUGGUUAACAUUGGUGGAAAAGGAAAUGCGAUUCAGUUUGGCAUCGUAUCUCGCUCAAGCCGUACAAGACAUAAAACAAUUCAAAGAAGGUGACAUAGACCAAGAAAAAUACAUGGACUGGUGUGAUAAGUAUCAAGCGCAAAUUGUCGUUUUGGCCGCACAAAUUUUAUGGUCGGAAGAUGUUGAGGCAGCAUUACAGCAAGGCGGUGAUACUGCUCCCGCCAAAAAUCCAUUGCAUCGUGUUUUGGCCACAGUGGAAAAAACAUUGACCAUUCUUGCUGAUUCGGUUUUGAUGGAGCAACCACCACUUCGUCGAAGAAAAUUGGAGCAUUUGAUCAACGAAUUCGUACACAAACGUACAGUGACACGUCGUUUACUGGCCAACAAUGUAGCGAGCAACAAAUCGUUUGAAUGGCUUUGUGAGAUGCGAUUCUACUUUGAUCCACGUCAAAGCGAGGUCUUGCAACAGUUAACAAUUCACAUGGCAAACGCACGUUUCUUCUAUGGUUUUGAAUAUUUGGGUGUGCAAGAUCGUCUAGUACAGACACCAUUGACAGAUCGAUGCUAUUUGACAAUGACACAAGCCCUUGAAUCUCGUUUGGGUGGUUCACCAUUCGGACCGGCUGGAACCGGAAAAACGGAAUCAGUCAAAGCUCUUGGUCAUCAAUUGGGACGGUUUGUGCUCGUCUUCAAUUGCGAUGAAACAUUCGAUUUUCAAGCAAUGGGCCGAAUUUUUGUCGGUCUAUGUCAAGUUGGUGCAUGGGGUUGUUUCGAUGAAUUCAAUCGUUUGGAAGAACGUAUGUUGUCAGCUGUGUCACAGCAAAUCCAAACCAUUCAAGAAGCUCUCAAACAAUUCCAAGAUGAUAACAAAGACACACAAAGUUUAAGCGUUGAAUUGGUUGGCAAACAAGUGCGUGUAUCAACCGAUAUGGCAAUUUUCAUAACGAUGAAUCCAGGUUAUGCUGGCCGUAGCAAUUUGCCGGAUAAUUUGAAAAAAUUAUUCCGUUCAUUGGCAAUGACAACGCCAGAUCGUCAACUUAUCGCCGAAGUUAUGUUGUUCAGUCAAGGUUUCCGCACGGCUGAAAAAUUGGCAUGCAAAAUCGUGCCAUUCUUUAAACUAUGCGAUGAACAACUGUCGAAUCAAUCGCAUUACGAUUUUGGUUUGCGUGCAUUGAAAUCGGUACUCGUGUCGGCUGGUAAUGUUAAACGUGACCGUAUUAUGCGAAUCAAGGAAACGAAGCAAAAUCAAGGUGAAAUCAAUAUCGAUGAGGCACAUAUUGCUGAAAAUCUACCAGAACAAGAGAUCCUUAUUCAAUCGGUGUGCGAAACAUUGGUGCCAAAACUUGUGGCCGAGGACAUCCCAUUGUUAUUCUCAUUGCUCAGUGAUGUUUUCCCAAAUGUGAGCUACACUCGCGCAGAAAUGACCGGACUCAAAGAGGAAAUUCGCAAAGUUUGCGCCGAAGAGUAUUUGGUGUGCGGUGAAGGUGAUGAGCAAGGCACACACUGGAUGGAAAAGGCCUUUGGAGAGACAUGGGUGUCCAAAGUGCUGCAACUAUACCAAAUCUCAAACUUAAAUCAUGGCUUAAUGAUGGUUGGUCCCUCUGGAUCUGGAAAGAGCAUGGCGUGGCGUGUAUUGUUAAAAGCAUUAGAACGUUUUGAGGGUAUCGAAGGUGUCGCGCAUGUCAUCGAUCCGAAAGCAAUUUCAAAAGAAGCUCUGUAUGGUGUUCUUGAUCCAAAUACACGUGAAUGGACGGACGGUUUGUUUACGCAUAUUUUGCGUAAAAUUAUUGACAAUGUACGUGGUGAAAUCAACAAACGUCAAUGGAUCAUUUUCGAUGGUGACGUUGAUCCGGAAUGGGUUGAAAAUUUGAAUUCCGUUCUUGAUGAUAAUAAAUUGCUCACCCUACCGAAUGGUGAACGUUUAUCGUUGCCGCCAAAUGUACGUGUUAUGUUUGAAGUGCAAGACUUGAGAUUCGCUACAUUGGCCACUGUAUCACGUUGUGGUAUGGUAUGGUUCUCGGAAGAUGUUCUCUCAACGGAAAUGAUAUUUGAAAAUUAUUUGGCUCGUUUGCGUAAUAUCCCACUGGAAGAUGCCGAUGAAGAUUUUAUUGCUACCAAUAACAAAGCGGCUGGAAAAGAAGAUGAAAUCUCACCAUGUAUUUCGACUCAACGUGAAAUCGCUUCAUUGAUGCAACCAUACUUUGGUGCUGAUGGUUUGGUGGUUCGUUGCUUGGAAUAUGCCAUGAAUCAAGAGCACAUUAUGGAUUUCACACGUCUGCGUGCACUCAGCUCGCUAUUUUCAAUGCUAAACAAAUUCACACGUAACGUUCUGGUUUACAAUCAACAACAUUCCGAUUUUCCAAUUUCUACCGAUCAACUCGAGCAAUAUGUUCAAAAGGGAUUAAUUUAUUCGUUGCUUUGGUCAUUUGCUGGAGAUGCCAAAUUAAAAGUUCGCAGUGAUUUGGGUGAUUUCAUUCGUAGCGUUACAACGAUUGCAUUGCCAAAUAAUACCGGCGCUCCGAUUAUCGAUUACGAAGUGAAUAUGUCCGGUGAAUGGGUUCCAUGGUCGAAUAAAGUGCCAGUCAUCGAAGUUGAAACACACAAAGUUGCCGCACCAGAUGUGGUCGUACCCACACUUGAUACAGUUCGUCACGAAUCGCUUCUGUAUACUUGGUUGGCUGAACAUAAACCAUUGGUUCUUUGUGGUCCACCUGGUAGCGGUAAAACGAUGACUCUGUUUUCGGCUUUACGUGCUCUGCCCGAUAUGGAAGUCGUAGGUUUGAAUUUCUCAUCGGCCACAACGCCAGAGCUGUUGUUGAAAACAUUCGAUCAUUAUUGUGAAUAUCGUAAGACACCAAACGGUGUUGUAUUGGCUCCAGUACAAAUUGGCAAAUGGCUCGUUCUAUUCUGCGACGAAAUCAAUUUACCCGAUAUGGAUACAUACGGUACACAGCGUGUCAUUUCAUUCUUGCGUCAAUUGGUCGAACACAAAGGAUUCUAUCGUGCAAACGAUCAAGCCUGGGUCAGCUUGGAGCGUAUUCAAUUUGUUGGCGCUUGUAAUCCACCGACCGAUCCUGGUCGUAAGGCAUUAAGUCAUCGUUUCUUGCGUCAUGUUCCAGUCAUCUAUGUCGAUUAUCCUGGAGAAACGUCACUAAAGCAAAUUUAUUCCACAUUCACACGAGCAAUGUUACGUUUAUUGCCAGCACUUCGUGGCUAUGCUGAACCAUUAACAAAUGCAAUGGUUGAAUUCUAUUUGAUCUCUCAGGAUCGUUUUACCCAAGAUAUGCAACCGCAUUACGUGUACUCACCGCGUGAAAUGACUCGUUGGGUGCGUGGUAUAUGCGAAGCAAUUCGACCGUUGGAUAGUUUACCAGUUGAAGGAUUGGUACGUCUUUGGGCCCAUGAAGCGUUACGUUUGUUCCAAGAUCGUUUAGUUGAUGACACCGAAAGACGUUGGACCAACGAAAACAUUGACAUUGUUGCAACAAAACAUUUCCCAAGUGUUGAUUGCGAAAAAUCACUUGCACGACCAAUUUUGUACAGUAAUUGGUUAUCAAAAGACUAUGUACCGGUUAAACGUGAUGAGUUGAGGGACUAUGUAAGGGCUCGAUUGAAAAUAUUCUACGAAGAAGAAUUGGAUGUGCCACUUGUUCUGUUCGACGAAGUGUUGGAGCAUGUAUUGCGUAUCGAUCGUAUUUUCCGUCAACCACAAGGCCAUUUGCUAUUGAUUGGUGUCAGUGGUGCCGGUAAAACAACAUUGUCACGAUUUGUUGCAUGGAUGAAUGGACUUUCCAUUUUCCAAAUUAAGGUCCAUAACAAAUACACGAGUGAAGAUUUCGACGAAGAUUUGCGAUCCGUUUUACGUCGAUCUGGUUGCAAAGGUGAAAAGAUUGCAUUCAUUUUGGAUGAAUCAAAUGUGCUCGACUCUGGUUUCUUGGAACGUAUGAACACAUUGUUGGCAAACGGUGAAGUACCCGGUUUAUUUGAAGGCGAUGAAUAUGCUGCGCUGAUGACACAAUGCAAAGAGGGUGCACAACGUGAUGGCUUAAUGUUAGACUCAAGCGACGAACUUUAUAAAUGGUUCACACAACAAGUAAUGUCAAAUUUGCAUGUUGUCUUCACAAUGAACCCGAGUGAGAAUGGUCUCAAAGACCGGGCUGCCACGUCGCCCGCCUUGUUCAAUCGUUGUGUAUUGAAUUGGUUUGGUGAUUGGUCCGAUUCGGCAUUGUUCCAAGUUGGACGUGAAUUUACAAUUCGAGUUGAUUUGGAAAAACCACAAUGGAAAUCACCCGAUUUCUUCCCUGUUUGUAAUCCAUUGUUACCAACAACACCAUCACAUCGUGAUGCAGUCAUCAAUGCUUGUGUUUACGUUCAUCAAACACUUCACAAAGCAAAUGCUCGGCUUGCAAAACGCGGUGGACGCACUAUGGCCAUUACACCAAGACACUAUCUUGAUUUCAUUCAUCAUUUUGUAAAAUUGUACUCGGAGAAACGAAGCGAUUUGGAGGAGCAACAAUUGCAUUUGAAUGUUGGUCUCAAUAAAAUCGCUGAAACUGUCGAACAAGUUGAAGAAAUGCAAAAAUCAUUGGCCGUUAAAUCGCAAGAGCUUCAAGCUAAGAAUGAGGCUGCCAACGCUAAGCUCAAACAAAUGUUCAAGGAUCAACAAGAAGCCGAAAAGAAAAAGGUCCAAUCCCAAGACAUACAAUUGAAAUUGGCCGAUCAAACCGUUAAAAUCGAAGAGAAACGCAAAUUCGUUAUGGCCGAUUUGGCUCAAGUAGAACCAGCCGUUUUAGAUGCACAACAAGCUGUCAGUGGCAUUAAGAAAAAGCAAUUGUCCGAGGUCAGAUCGAUGGCAAAUCCACCGGCCAUCGUAAAAGUGGCCUUAGAAUCGAUUUGUUUGCUGUUGGACGUUACCGGUGACAAUGAAAUCAUACCCGAUUGGAAAACAAUUCGUUCCAUUCUCAAUAAAGACAGUUUCAUUCCAUCGAUUAUUAACUUCGACACCGCAUCAAUCACUGAUGAUGUUCGUGAUAAAAUGAAGACUCGCUACUUGAGCAAUCCCGACUACAAUUUCGAGAAAGUGAAUCGUGCCAGUAUGGCCUGUGGUCCUAUGGUUAAAUGGGCUAUCGCUCAGAUUGAAUAUGCCGAUAUGUUGAAACGUGUCGAACCAUUGCGUGAUGAAUUGCAAUCACUCGAAGACCAGGCCGCAUUAAAUAUGAAGAAUGCUCAAGAUACAAAAGAUUUGAUCACACAACUGGAACAAAGUAUUGCCGCAUACAAAGAAGAAUAUGCACAAUUGAUUUCCCAAGCGCAAGCAAUUAAGACCGAUUUGGAAAAUGUUCAAGCCAAGGUGGAUCGUUCAAUUGCAUUGUUGAAGAGUUUGAAUAUCGAACGUGAACGAUGGGAAGCAACAAGUGAAACAUUCCGAUCACAAAUGUCCACGAUUGUCGGUGAUGUAUUGCUGUCGGCUGCAUUCAUUGCUUAUGGCGGUUACUUUGACCAACACUAUCGAAGCAAUUUGUUCUCUACAUGGUGUCAACAUUUACAAGCGGCUCACAUUCAAUAUCGUGCCGAUAUUGCGCGUACCGAAUAUCUAUCGAAUCCGGAUGAACGAUUGCGUUGGCAAGCGAACGCAUUGCCCACCGAUGAUUUAUGUACGGAAAAUGCAAUUAUGUUGAAGCGAUUCAAUCGUUAUCCGCUCAUCAUCGAUCCAUCGGGACAAGCCACUGAGUUCAUCAUGAAUGAAUAUGCUGGUAAAAAGAUAACCAAAACCAGUUUCUUGGACGAUUCGUUCCGUAAAAAUUUGGAAUCAGCGUUGCGUUUUGGUAAUCCACUUUUGGUGCAAGACGUUGAAAAUUACGAUCCAAUUUUGAAUCCGGUGCUCAAUCGUGAAUUGCGACGCACUGGUGGUCGUGUAUUGAUCACACUUGGUGAUCAAGAUAUUGAUUUGUCACCGUCAUUCUCGAUCUUCCUUUCAACACGGGAUCCAAGCGUUGAAUUUGAUCCAUCAAUUUGUUCCCGUGUUACAUUCGUCAAUUUCACCGUCACCCGUAGUUCUUUGCAGAGUCAAUGCUUGAAUCAAGUACUGAAGGCCGAACGUCCUGAUAUCGAUGAAAAACGUUCGGAUUUAUUGAAAUUACAAGGCGAAUUCCAUUUGCGAUUGCGUCAAUUGGAGAAACAAUUAUUGCAAGCGCUCAACGAUGCAAAGGGUAAGAUUCUUGAUGAUGAUAGUGUGAUCACAACACUUGAAACACUGAAAAAAGAAGCUGCUGAUAUUGGACAAAAGGUUGAAGAGACGGAUAAAGUUAUUGCCGAAAUUGAAACAGUUUCACAUCAGUAUUUGCCAUUGUCAACGGCAUGCAGUAACAUUUACUUCACGAUGGAUAGUUUGAAUCAGAUACAUUUCUUGUAUCAAUAUUCGUUGCGAAUGUUCUUGGAUAUGUUCAGUACGGUAUUGUCACGUGAAAAUCCAGCACUCAGUGGCAAAACUGACUAUGGUCAACGUUUGAAAAUCAUCACAACCGAUUUAUUCUCCGUUGUAUAUGAUCGUGUUGCGCGUGGAAUGUUGCAUGCAGAUCGUUUGACAUUUGCAAUUCUAUUGUGUCGAAUUCAUUUGAAAGGAACGUCCGAACAAAAUCUUGAUGCUGAAUUUAACUUUUUCUUGCGAAAUCGCGAAGGACUCAUUUCAAAUACACAAAAUAUUGACGGAUUCACGUAUGAACAAAUCGAAAGUGCAAAUCGUUUAGCCACUCGAUUGCCAACCUUCAAGAAACUCAUUGAGAAAAUUAAAUCGAUGCCCGAAUUUUCGGCAUGGCUGAAUCAAGGUUCGCCAGAACAACAAGUACCACAGCUAUGGGAUGAAUCAAAAGCAUUGUCACCAAUUGUGGCUGCAAUGCAUCAAUUGCUAUUGAUUCAAGCGUUCCGUCCGGAUCGUGUAAUUGCCGCCGGUCAAUUGUUUGUGUCAACUGUUUUGGGUGCCGAAUUUAUGCCGUUGGCCGAAAAAGAAUUGGAUUUCGCUGCUUGCGUCGAAAAACAAUUGACAUCAAAUUCACCGGCAUUGUUGUGUUCAGUACCCGGUUUUGAUGCAUCUGGUCGUGUGGAUGAUUUGGCGGCCGAAUUGAAUAAGCAAAUUUCAUCGAUUGCCAUCGGUUCGGCUGAAGGUUUCAAUCAAGCCGAACGUGUCAUUAAUCAAGCAUGCAAAUCGGGUAAAUGGGUUCUAUUGAAGAACGUACAUUUGGCACCACAAUGGCUGAUCCAAUUGGAAAAGAAAUUACAUUCAUUACAACCACAUGCUGGAUUCCGUUUGUUCUUGACAAUGGAAAUAAGUCCACGUGUACCAGUCAAUUUACUGCGUGCCGGUCGUAUAUUCGUCUAUGAACCACCGCCAGGUAUUCGUGCCAAUUUGUUGCGUACAUUCUCAACAGUACCGGUGGCCCGUAUGAUGAAGCCGCCAAGUGAACGUGCCCGAUUGUACUUCUUGUUGGCAUGGUUCCAUGCAAUUAUUCAAGAGAGAUUACGUUAUGUCCCAUUGGGAUGGGCCAAAAAGUACGAAUUCAACGAAUCAGAUUUGCGUGUUGCAAUCGAUACACUCGACACUUGGAUCGAUCAAACUGCAAUGAAUCGUGCCAAUUUGCCUCCAGAGAAAAUCCCUUGGGAUGCCAUCGUUACGUUGUUAUCGCAAAGUAUUUAUGGUGGUAAAAUUGAUAAUGAUUUCGAUCAACGUUUGUUGGCAUCAUUCUUGAGUAAACUCUUCACAGCGCACAGUUUUGAAACCGAUUUUGCGUUAGUCGGUAAUGUUGAAGGUCAACGAAAUAUUACAAUGCCAGACGGUACACGACGUGAUCAAUUCUUGAAAUGGAUUGAGAAUCUAAGCGAUCGUCAAACACCAUCAUGGCUUGGUUUGCCAAACAAUGCUGAGAAAGUGUUGCUAACAACACAUGGAACUGAUUUGGUCAGUAAAUUGUUGAAGAUGCAACAAUUGGAAGAUGACGAUGAAUUGGCUUACAAUCCAGAAGAAGGAGCCGUCGAUGCAUCAUUGCAAACAAUUCAAGAAGAUGGACGUCCAUCGUGGAUGAAAACGUUGCACAACAGUGCUACAGCAUGGCUCGAAUUGCUUCCAAAAUCGUUGCCAACACUCAGACGAACUGUUGAAAACAUAAAAGAUCCGUUGUAUCGGUACUUUGAACGUGAAGUUACAUCGGGUGCCAAACUUUUGAUCACCGUCAUCAGUGACUUACAAGAUGUCGUAUUGAUUUGUCAAGGCGAAAAGAAACAAACCAAUCAUCAUCGUACAAUGCUAUCGGAACUGGUAAAAGGUAUUAUUCCAAGCGGAUGGCGUAAAUAUACUGUGCCUGCCGGUUGCACGGUCAUUCAAUGGAUCACCGAUUUUGCGAAUCGUGUACGUCAGCUGCAAAAGGUAUCCGAGCUAGUAUCGCAAGCUGGUGCCAAGGAACUACAAGGGUUCCCAGUAUGGCUGGGCGGUUUACUCAAUCCCGAAGCUUACAUCACUGCAACACGGCAAUGUGUUGCCCAAGCAAACAGUUGGUCACUCGAAGAGUUGGCCCUUGAUGUAACCAUCACCGAAGGAGGUAGCGGUGGUAACCAGAAAGAUAGUUGCUUCGGUGUCACUGGAUUGAAAUUGCAAGGAGCCACAUGCAAAAAUAAUCAACUUUUGUUGAAUACGGCAAUCAUGACCGAUCUGCCAUUGACACUAUUGAAAUGGGUCAAGGUUGGUUCAGCCGAACAUCGUACUGGAAAAUUGAAUUUACCGGUCUACUUGAAUUCAACACGUGCAGAGCUACUAUUUACCGUUGAGUUGGCUGUUGCACCCGGACAAAGUCCACACAGUUUCUACGAACGUGGUGUUGCUGUACUCACAUCAACAGCACUUAAUUAAAUUCAUCUAUCGCAUCAAAUUAUUUGACGAAAAAAAAACAUAGCAAAAAAUAAACUAAACUAAUUUAUCCCUGGUAAAAUCAAAUAAAAAUUUUGUACGCAAAAAACUGAAUGCCAAACAUUGUUUGAGAUAAUAAUAGAACAUUUGCUAUUUAUUUGUUAGAAUACAAAAUAUACUCAAUUCAUUAUAAAGCAAUUUAAA